UCAGCAGAAACCGAAGUCUUGAGAUCUGUUUGUUCUGGAAGAACACAAUGAAAACUGCAGAGGAGAAGCUGACAGUCUGCUCAGUGACAGUUUUUAUUUCUUGUUUCUAAAUUAACAUAAAUAUUUACUGAUGUUCAAACUGUUCUCAUAGCCAUUUUAAUGAAAAUUACUUUUCAACUUGUAAUGAUCCUAACAGAAUACAUUAAUUCAAAACCACAAAGAACUCUCCAACUUACACACACACACACACACACACAAGUGCACGCAAACCAAAUCUGUUGUUGUAAAAUGUAAAUUUCCAGCUGCCCACGCAAACACAUCUGUCAUUUAAAUGCAGCCAGAGCUGCUUCUCUGGCUGCACUGGGAAGGAUUUCAGUUUUUAAAAAUGCACGCUGCAAAAUAUAAAACAUUUUACUCACAUUUCUCAGACAGAUUCCAUGACAGUCGAUAUGGUUUUGUUGUUAUCUUGCAAACAAAGCACCAUGUUGUUCGAUUAAAGGCGGUCGCUAGGGUUUUUCAGGUGGUUGCUAAACAAGGCAAGUGUGUUUGUACAGCGCACUUCAACAACGAGGCAAUUCAAAGUGCUUUACAUAAAACAUUAAAGCCACAUAGGGAAAUAUACAUAAAGACAUUUAAAAAGAGUUCAAUGGAAAAUAAAAACAAGAUCAAACAGGAGAGUAAAAGUUACAGCGCAGUGUAAGAAGUUAAUAAUUAUUCGGUUUAAUAAAAGGCAGCGGCACACAGAAAAGUCUUCAGCCUUGAUGUGAAAGAGCUGAGAGUCUCAGCAGACCAGUUUGUUCCAGAUAUGUGGAGCUUAAAAACUGAACGCUGCUUCUCCAGGUUUAGUUCUGGCUCUGGGGACAGAAAGCAGACCUGAUCCCAGACCACCCGAUAGGUCCUAAACCACUCAGUGCUUUAUAAACCAGCUGCAGCGUUUUGAAAUCAGUUCUUUGACAGACAGGAAGCCGGUGUAAAGACCUCAGAACUGGACUGAUGUGAUCCACUUUCUUGGUCUCAUUAGUUCUGAAUCAGCUGCAGCUGUCUGAGCGACUCUUUAGAGACCUGUAAAGACCCCGUUACAGUAGUCGACUGGAGAUAAAUGCAGUUUCUCCCGUUCCCGCUGAGACAUAAGUCCUUUCCUCCUGGAUAUAUGCUUCAGGUGGCGGCAGGCCGACUUUGUGAUCGUCUUCAUGUCGAGGGUCUGAGUCCAUGAUGGCACCAAGAGCUCUGGCUUGGUUUGUGGUUUUUAAAAUGAAGCUGCGCGCUGACUUUGGAUGUUUGGUGGUGGUGGUGGUGGUAGCGCGGCGGUUGAUGGGGUACCGGUGGUUGGAAGCGGUUGAUUAGGUGAAUUAGAUGCUUGCAGUGGUGAAUCUGGGUGGGUCUGCCAGCUGAUGAUCUCUCUGCGGGAAACAUCACGGACAAACCUAAUAACACACUUCUUUACGAGAGACACGUGUGCGUGUGUCAUCAGUGCCGUUGGAGGACUAGUGUCUGACUAGAGGAGACAGUAAUGUUAAAUAUAAGCCAGCAAACACACAGAUUACUCUACAUACAUUCAUACCAGAGCAAAAUCAUUUUUACAUUUUUACGAAUCCUAAAAAUAUCAACAUCGUCAAAAUGGCAGAAAUUGCGAGGACGGUAAUACGUCGCGUAUGUCAGCCAGCCCUAACAGAGGCCAGUGCUCGCUGCUUCACUGCGAGAGGAAGGCGAAUGAGGCGGCAGCAGGGUCGGAGUUCAUCUCAUCUCAGCUGCAGGUUCUUCACUUUGAAACGAAAUCUCAGACUUAGUGUUUGUCAGAUCUUUGCUCAUGCAGAGGCAGUGAAGCUCACAGAGAGAGAGAGACACUUUCUGAUCCUCUUCCUCGUCUUCAUCGCCCCCGUCUACAUCCUCAUCCUCACUCCUUCCCCUUCCUUCUCCUCCUCUUCUUCAAUCGCAAGCCAAAGGUCAUUUCUAAUCCCCCUCCGUUCCCCAUCUACCUUCUCUUUCCGUCCUCUUCCUUCUCUUCUUCCUCUCCGCUGCAGCUCAUCACUGAUUCGAAGAACUCUUUUCUUUUCAGGUGAGGAGCAGAGAUUGGAAGCAACAAAGCGCUCAGUAACAGCUGAUAUUUUCUGCACAGCUUCGUGUGCGGACGCCCUGCUAAGUCGCACUCGCCCCACAUCAGCGGCCCGUUCUUCACCGCCGGACUCCCAGCCGACAGCGAGCCUCUCUCCGGCCCCUCGGGUCAGUGCAGACUGCUGUAGGAUCAGAUUCGAGACACGAAAAAGGUUCUCGGAGUCUGAGUGUUUGUCAGCUGCCUUUCCUUCGAUUCACCAACAACCAAAGUGGACUACAAUCACUGUCGGGUCACGGGAGCCAUUGGUGAACCUCUGCUCCGAAACAGACGUUAACGGACAGAAACACGAACAGCUGUUCGCAGAGUCGGGGACCUCCAACAUGGCCGCCACAGGGUGAGUCGUCAGUCACAUCGCUCCGCCCUCCUGUUUCUGUGUAACUAAACUCAGCUGGUCGUCACUUCACACCGCAAAGUUUUUACACGUCUGAUGUCUGGCAGUCGGCUGGGUUCAGUUAAAGAGCAUCAACAACAGGAAUUCGUUCCAAAGUCCAUCUUUUACUUUCAAAAUCGAGUGUCUAGCAGUUGAAACAAAGAGCAGUUCCUGUUAGAAAAGGACCCAGGUAUGAAACCAAAGGUUUCAGUGGGGGAUGGAUCAAACCAAACGAUUGGUUUGAUGAAUGGAAAUGUCGAUACCGGUCCAUUGAUGUAUAAUGAAUGAAUGAACCACAAGCUUGCAGGUUCAAUUCCUGCACUAAGCUCAUGUUUAAAGCAUCUCAUUGGCCACUCCUGCUGGUCACCCCUACCAGAGACAGCAGGUGAUAGGUUGGCUUGUUAGCGUUAUGGAUGGAUUAAACAACUACAAAGAGACACAAAAUGACGCAAAACGACUACAAAGAGGCACAAAAUGACCACAAAGAGACG